UUCCCUUUAUCACCGCAAACUCAUUCAAUUUUCAGAUUGAGAAAAUUCGGAGUCACAACCGAAUCUCCAGUGAAAAGUGAGAGUCCCUACGUGGCAGUGGUCAACUCCUCCCUCAUAACAUGUUCAACAUCGAGAAGGAGAAAACAAGUCAAUCAAAAAGCAUUGAUAGCCCUCUGAGAAAACCUAACUAGCCAGAAUGAGUGAAUUGAGCCAGGAAGAGAUGCGGAAGCGUCGACUGGCGCGUUUAGCUGGUUUAGAAACCAGUGCCACAGCGAACACAAAUGGAGGCAAUUGUCUCAGUUCUCCAAGCACCCCAGGGCCAUCGAAAACCCCUGGCCUAGCCAGUGUAUCUCCAGUUCAGCAGUCUGAGUCACACAAUCUCAAUAAUGAUAUGCCCAUGGAGACUGAGGAGAGCAGUGAAAAGCAGUUGAAUAAUUCAGGGAUUGAUGUGGACUCUGGGAUUGAGAAUAUGGAGGUUGAAGAGUCCGACAGGAAAGACACUGCGUCUAGAUCAAGGACCACAAGCUCCAGCAUCGAGGUAUCCCCAGACCAGAUCCACACAGUGAUAUCCCGAGUCCUCUGUGUCUCUUGGAGAGACUCCACAGGCCCCAGGAUAUUCCUCCCUCAGUUCUCCUCGACGCUCUCAUCAGAUGACCAGAAACCUCUGGACCCCACUGAGAUAAUAAGCCAGAGUCUGAUGGAGGUCCUCCAGAUGUUCACGAGAGACGAGGAUCCACUGAAAGGUGUCUCCAUGGAGACUGCCUCAGACCGAGAGGACAGCCCCAACAGCCAAGCAAGCCCACUGACGAGCCCAGUGGACCCCCUGCCAUCGUACUCACUAGCCAGUCUGCCCCUGCCCCCAGGAGAGAAGGGAGAGAAACUGGAGAAGUCCCCUCAACUCAAGAGCCUCCUCUACCUCCUGGACUGCUACACUCGAGUGUCAGUUGAGGAGAGAAACCAGCCAAAACGCUCGUCAGUCCCCCCAAUAUCAGAACUCCUGGCCUGCCUCAGAGCCCAGUGUGUUCAGUACUCCAGUCUUGUUCUCCAGGGCGUCCUCGAUGCCCCAGGGCUCCAGGCAUUCUCUGGCUCCAGCCCCCUCCUCAUCCCAGUGCUCUCCCAGACUUUACCUCGAGGCUUCCUCCACGAACUCGUUGCCAGAACCCAUUCCAACCCCCAGACAUUCAACAAAAUCUUCACACCCCUCCUCCAAGGGCUCUAUCUGUCCAUGCAACAAGGCAGUCUUGUGGGUAAUACCCAUCGUCGACCUGUCCAGGCACUGGAGGAACUCAUCGACAUCAGAUGUGGCACCAAUGGCAACAUCAGACCGAUCUGUCGACUCAUAACUCAUCAAAUUCAGUUUCUCCCGGACUUCAUGACAACUGCUAUGGGGAGGGAGUUGGCUCGCACCUCAUUCCUCGGACCCUUCCUCUCAGUCUCAGUGUUUGCUGAGGAUCAGCCCAAGGUUGCUGAGAAGUUCUUCAGUGGAAAUCCCUCUAAUGACAAAUCAAUAAACUUGACACUCCAGCAGGAACUGGAGAGCGUUCGGACUUCGUUUCACAAGAUGUUGCAUGCCAUACUGGCGACUUCAACCUGUCGUGAGGCAACCCUGGCUUAUCUAGCUGCUUUACUUCGUCACAAUGAGAAGAGGGCGCAGAUACAAACUGAAGAGUUCAAACUCGCUGGGGAUGGCUUCAUGCUGAAUCUUCUGUCAGUCCUGCAGAUGUUGUCUGUUAAAAUUAAACUCGACACUGUGGAUCCUCUCUAUCCCUUUCACCCAUCGAGCUUCGUGGAGAUAAAGAACGACACGAGACUGAAAUUAUCGUCUCAAGAGGUGACAGACUGGCUAACAGAGCUGGAAAGAACGCACAAGUGGACGGAAGCCAAAUUCCCAACUCAAUGCUGGUUUUUAACUCUUCAUUGUCACCACGUGGCUCUGCUCCCUGCUCUCCAGAAGUACCAGAGAAAACUGAGGGCCCUGAGGGACCUCCAGAAGAUGUUGGACGAGCUCCAGGCAACUGAGUCCCAGUGGAAGGACACCCCCUUUGCAGCUCAUAACAAAGAACUGAUAAAACGCUGGAAGCAGCAGCUAAAACGCCUAGGGAAGUCCAAAUCGUGUGCUGAUGCGGGAUUGAUUGACCCAGUGCUCAUCAGGCGUUGUCUCCACUUUUAUACUUCUGUGGCUGAAGUCCUCCUGGGACUGUUGACCGACACGAAGCCAGGGGGCCCCCUCCCAGCCCUCCCCCUCCCCAGAGACGUCCCCAACAGAUUCACCGCCCUCCCAGAGUGGUACGUCGAGGACAUCGCAGAGUUCUUGCUUUUCGCCCUGCAAUUCAGCCCUGGAAUUGUCGCCAGCAAUAUGGACAAUUCCCUCAUCACUUGGCUGUUAGUCGUCAUCUGCACUCCCCACUGCAUACGAAAUCCUUACCUCAUCGCUAAAAUCAUCGAGGUCCUCUUUGUAAUCAAUCCAAGUGUUCAAGGCAGCACUGAAACCCUCCACGAUCAAGUCAUGUCCCAUCCAAUCUCCAAGACUUUCCUGGCGUCCUACCUCAUGAAGUUCUACACAGACGUCGAGACCACCGGCUCGAGCUCGGAAUUCUACGAUAAAUUCUCGAUUCGUUAUCACAUCAGUCUCAUUCUCAAGUCCAUGUGGGACUCGCCAGUCCAUCGUGCUUCUAUCGUCAAUGAAAGUAACAAUGGCAAGCAAUUUGUCAAGUUCGUCAAUAUGCUCAUGAAUGACACGACCUUCUUGUUGGAUGAGAGUUUAGAGUCCUUGAAGAGGAUUCACGAGGUCCAGGAGUUGAUGUCGGACACAGCAGCGUGGUCUGCAUUGUCUCAGGAGCAGCAGCAGUCCAGGUCGAGGCAGCUCACUGCUGAUGAACGCCAGGCCAGGUCUUUUCUCACUCUGGCUAAGGAGACUGUCGCAAUGUUCCAUUAUCUUACUGUUGAUAUAAAGGAGCCAUUCCUACGGCCUGAACUCGUGGGACGACUCAGUGCCAUGUUGAAUUUUAAUUUGAAGCAGUUGUGCGGACCGAAAUGCAAAAAUUUGAAAGUUAGAAAGCCUCAGAAGUACGGCUGGGAGCCCAGGACUCUUCUGGGACAGCUGGUGGACAUUUACCUGCAUCUUGACUGUGAUAAUUUUGCUGCUGCCCUGGCUAGCGAUGAGAGGUCUUUCGGUAAGGAGCUGUUCAAUGAUGCUGCUAACAGACUGGGGAGGUCUGCUAUUAAAACUACCACUGAGAUUGAACGGUUCAUGGCACUCGCUGAACGCGCUGCUGUUAUUGCACAUGAUAAUCGAGCGAGGGAUGAGGACUAUGGGGAUGCACCUGACGAAUUCAAGGAUCCACUCAUGGAUACGCUUAUGGAUGAACCCGUUAAACUUCCGUCCGGGAUUAUUAUGGAUAAGGCUGUUAUCAUCAGACACUUACUCAACAGCUCCACUGAUCCCUUCAGUCGACAGCCUCUUAGUGAGGAUAUGCUUACACCUGCACUGGACUUGAAGGAGAGAAUAGCCGCAUGGAAGCAGGAGAAAAAGAAGUCUGCUAACUAUUAAGUGAUACUAACUCUCGUUCUUAGAACGUUAACUUGAUAUAAAAUGGCAUCGUUCUGUCACUGCACAUCAGUCAACGAUUAAAAUUUCUGAAAGCAAAGGAAAUUGAGAUGACUAUCAGUGCAAUGAUCUCCCAGGUGUGCAACUGUUGCGCUCAACAAAUGAAAAUUUCCAGUUCUUUUUGUACAAUAAUGAUAAAUGGACACAGACUGCAGCCAAGUAACUGCCAAUCAAGAAUUUUCAAAAGAAAAAAAACUGUAUGGAGAAUCAAAUGUAAAUACGCGCGUAAUCUGCUGCCUACUACCAAUUACUCAUCGAUGUCAAUAAAUUUUAUUUCCAUUUUUUAAUUGUCGAGGGGAAGCGAAAAUCAUUGUGACUUUUUUUUGAUUAUUAGCAUUUUUAAUGUGAAUGAUGUAUAAAUUUCCAUUGUAAAUGUUAUUGGCAUUCGUAUGAAUGGGGUAACGGGUUAAAUGGAGGAGGAGCGAUUGAGGAAAAUUGUCGGAAAGUCGAUGAGAAAAAAAAUUUAUAAGAGUUUAUCUGCGCAGUAGUUGAAAAACAACUGGCAUUUUUUGACAUGUGAUCUUCGAUGGGACAGCGUGACGUUGCCAUAGUCCUCUGUAAUGGUCCCCCUUAAAACAAGAAAUAAUUAGUAAUCAUUAUACUUUAGCAUUCCUGAUUGAAUCUAACACAAUCGGCAAUUUUUCGUUCUUCUUUAAAACUCAAACAAAAUUUUCUUUUUUGUAGAAAAAAAAAACUGAUUCCAUAUACGUUUAUACGGUGAACUGUGCCCUCAGUGUAAAUAAUGUGAAAAGGAAAUCGAAUUCCGUUAAUAGCUAUCAUCAUUUUCCUCUAACAAUUUAUCAUCAUGUAAUCUCAAUAUUCGUUGUGAAACAGACUCCACUGGCUGCAUUCAGGGGUAUUAGUGCAACAUCUAGGACUCAUUUUUACGAAACUUAUCUGUACAUACAUUCGAUCAUCAUUUGAAAGUGGCUUAUGUGCAUUCUUCGAUUAUCAAAAUUCAUUUCAACUGUCAUUUGUUGCGAGUGUCACGAGGUGGAUAACAAAGUCGUAAUGAAUCAAGUAUCAUCUUAUCAUACGUUUCAAUGAAUAAUUAAUCUUAUAUAAUAUGUAAAAGUAAUGUAAACAAUAAAAAAAUCAUUUGAGA